AUAUAUGGCUUCCGCUUCCUUUCCUCUCUCUUCUUUUUUUAUUGAAAAUCCACCGUAAUUGAAGGGAAAUUCAACCAAAAUUCACAUAAAAUCAAAUAUUUAAAUAGAAAAAGGAAGGAGAAAGGAGAGGCGAGGAGAAGAAGAACAAGGCUCUUCCUCUUCUCGAUGCCAACUCUCUGAUUCCCUCCAACUUGCAUCUGAACCGUCUCAGAUCUUGCUUAAGAGGAUGGAGUCGGAUCUCGGCAAGCUCUUUAUUGGAGGGAUUUCAUGGGACACGACUGAGGAAAGGCUCCGUGAGUACUUCCAGGGCUUUGGUGAAGUUGUGGAGGCUGUCAUAAUGAAGGAUCGAACCACCGGCCGUGCUCGUGGCUUCGGAUUCAUUGUGUUCGCCGACCCUUUAGUUGCUGAGAGAGUGGUUAUGGAGAAGCAUUUGAUCGAUGGCCGGAUGGUGGAAGCUAAGAAGGCUGUUCCUAGGGAUGAUCAAACUAUUGUCAAUAGGAGCAGCAACAGUAGCAUUCAUGGUUCACCCGGUCCUACUCGCACAAAAAAGAUCUUCGUCGGAGGCCUGGCUUCCACUGUCACCGACACCGACUUCAAAAUGUACUUUGAACAGUUUGGACCUAUCACUGAUGUUGUCGUUAUGUAUGAUCACAACACUCAGAGGCCAAGGGGAUUCGGGUUCAUCACUUAUGAAUCAGAAGACUCAGUUGACAAGGUUUUGAUUAAAACCUUCCAUGAGCUCAAUGGUAAGAUGGUGGAGGUUAAGAAAGCUGUACCCAAGGAGCUCUCUCCUGGCCCGAACAUUCGUUCACCUAUUGGAGGGUAUAAUUAUGGCAUGAAUAGGAUCAAUAGCUUUCUCAAUAGUUAUACCCAAGGAUUUAACCCUAGCUCUAUUGGUGGCUAUGGAAUGAGGAUGGAUGCUAGAUUCGGACCUAUAGCUAGUGGACGAACUGGGUUCCCUUCCUUUAAUCCUGGUUAUGGAAUUGGAGUGAACUUUGAAUCUGGAAUGAGCCCGACUUAUGGAGGGAACACAAAUUUCAUUAGCAGCGUUAGUUAUGGACGGGCACUGAGCCCUUAUUACAGUGGGAGUUCCAGCAGAUUUAGUAACCCUAUUGGAUAUGGUGGAGGUAGCGGGAGUCCUGGAUCGGUUCUUAAUUCAUCAGCUCGUAAUUUAUGGGGGAAUGGAAGCCUAAACUAUACUGCCAACUCUUCAAAUUCAAAUUCAUACUUGGCCGCUGGAGGUGCGAACAUUGGAGGAUUUGGUAAUAGCAGCCUCAAUUGGGGAGGUUCCUCUUCUCCUGUAUCUGCACCUACCAGUGGUAGCAUUGGCUAUGGAGCUGGGGAGAAUAGUUUCAGUAUCAGUGCCAGCAAUUAUGGAAGGAACAACGGAGCAGGAGGUUCUGCUAAUACUUCCUUUACUGCAUUAAGCAAUGGAUAUGAAGGGAAUUAUUCAGAUUCAUAUGGGAGUGCUUCAAUUUAUGGAGACCCAACUUGGCGUUCUGCAACAUCUGAUCUUGAUGGAUCUAGUCCAUUUGGAUACGGGCUCGGCAAUGCAGCUCCUGAUGUCACUGCCAAGAGCUCAGCUGGUUAUGUUGGUGGUUAUAAUGUUGCCAGUAGACAGCCAAAUGGAGGAAUUGCUGCCUGAGGAGGACGCCAUUCUUUCAAAGUAUAAUAGAGGUGAAGAAUCCAGUGGAACAAGGUGCACGACUGUGAAUUCAUAUAUCUCGUGAAUAUAUAUGGGGUUAGUAAAUAAUCUAGAGCUAACCAGUGAGUUGAUUCCAUAAAAAUUCAAAUUUAGAAAAAAAAUUCAAAAUAUUAUAGGAUUUUGUGUAUGGUUGAGAUUUCAGUUUUUAGUACCUACAUCAAGUUUAGGUUUGUUGGUAUUUCGAAGUGUGGUUCAGAUGUAAGAUUUCCGAACUAUAUUCAGAAGAGUGUUCAGAUUGUGCCGGCAGUGAGCCAAAUAGACUUCUACUCUUAUCUUUUUUUUUCCCUUUCUUCUUCCCUUUUUUACCAAAAUUUGCUGUAAUAUCUGGCAUUGUUUCAGGUAUGUUCAUUUUCUUUGGUUUAAAAUUUUACAUCAGAUGUAUUGGAGACAUUUGAUUUUACUAGUGUGAAAUUAUUGGGAAUCCAUUUGGCUCCCAAGAAUAAGGUUAUAUUGAAUAUUAUCAUUUAAUUUAUC